AUGAGCCUGGCCUCCUUUCAAGUUGCAGACAAGUCUGAAUUCCAGGGAAAGGUUCUGAGCACAUUAAUAACAGGAUAUCGAUGGCUCCAAGCGAAGUCUCUUGAAACCUGCAGAGGCCUGGUCUUACGUCUGCAGUGGUUGUUCAAGUCUGACGCUUGUACUUUUACCUGGUCUUGUCACUGGCAGUUUGGCUCAACCGUGGAACAUAGAUCUGGCCCAUCGCCUUCACAACAAGAAACAGAGACGGGCCCGACCUACAAUACAUGCCAGCGUAGCCGCGAAACCAGUGAGGAGAAGUCCUCAGAGUACCGGAGUGGAAACACAGGCUCGCCGCGUCGUCGCAAAAGGGGCGGAUGCCAGCGUGAAACCAAUGGUCAGGAUCAGAGUGACGACGACGAAUUACCGGAUGAGUCCAGGAGAAAAAAGUCACGAAUUCAAGGUUCAACCGCCGACAAAAACGACCAUGGCCUCAGCUUAGCAUGUCCAUUCUACAAGGCAGACAAACGUAUCCAUCACCGGUGCGCUUUAUUACAGUUGAAUAGGAUCAGAGAUGUGAAGCAGCAUCUGUAUAGGAAGCACAUGCAGCCUCACUACUGCUCGAGGUGCGGUCGACAGUUCGAGACACAGACUGAGGAGAGGUGUCACACAAGGCAACAGGACUGCAGCAAGCGGGCCAACCAACCGCCCGACGGCAUCACCCAUGACCAGCAGAAGGAGCUCAAGGAGAGGGUAGACCGCAAGCUCGCGGUGAAGGAGCAGUGGUUCGCCGUCUGGGCCAUCGCAUUUCCCGAUAUACCGCCACCAGACUCACCAUAUGUUUACAGCCCUACCCGUGAGGUGGCAACGAAUAUGCGAAACUACUGGCAAGAAACCAAGGCGGAGAUGCUGGUCAACCAUGCUGACCGCAUGCUGGGCAUUGAUAACGAACGGAUGCUUGGCGGUUUGGAUACGUUCAUGGAAACUUUCUUCAAUCGAUUCAUCGAGGAACACACCUCUGGUGCCGAGGGAGAGCAAAUUUUGGAUUCGUCCUCGGAUGGUAGCCCAGGUAACCCGAUUCCAAAGAGAUCGAUGCCUUUCAAGACAAGAGACUUACGCGGAUAUACAGGGACAGCAUUUUCCCCAAGGAGGGCGCCGGCUAUACCAUCCCCAGGCAGUGGCCAAAGGACUUUAUUCGAAUCCUUCCGCGACUUGCUUUCUGUCAUGAGUGGUGCCGCCAGCGACAAUAUCAUGGCAGGCGACGGUUCGCUUAUCACCAACUAUCCAACGGCCGGGGGAGAUACGGACGGCCAAUGGGGAUUUUCGUCUAGUUAUGAUGCUUAUGGUUGGGAUCAGUUCCCCGCGAGUGGCCCGUUCUUCCAUGGUGAUCCUCUUACCUGA